CAGCCAGCGAGAGAGAGAGAGAGUGGCCAUUGAAAUUUUCUUCGUCGGGUAGCUUUUCUCCUCCGUUUAAAACCCUAGAUACAAGGAGAAGAGCUAGAAAUUCUAAAUCUGUUUCAUUUCCCACCUCCGAGAGUACUGCCAAAGUAAAAAUUAUUCGAAUUACGAAGACGAAUCGAUGGAUUUGGAUCAGUGGAUAGCAAAGGUUAAAGAAGGGCUGCAUCUUUUGGAAGACGAGCUUCAGCUUCUUUGUGAAUACGUAAAAGAAAUUCUCAUUGAGGAGUCCAAUGUGCAACCUGUCAACAGUCCGGUUACUGUUUGCGGUGAUAUCCAUGGUCAGUUUCAUGAUCUAAUGAAACUUUUUCGGACAGGAGGUCAUGUACCAGAGACAAAUUACAUUUUUAUGGGAGAUUUUGUGGAUCGAGGUUAUAAUAGUCUUGAAGUUUUCACUAUUCUUUUGCUUCUUAAGGCAAGGUACCCAGCUAAUAUCACUCUCUUGCGUGGGAAUCAUGAAAGCAGACAACUAACUCAGGUUUAUGGUUUCUAUGAUGAGUGCCAAAGGAAGUAUGGAAAUGCUAAUGCAUGGCGGUAUUGUACAGAUGUUUUUGACUACCUUACGCUCUCAGCAAUUAUAGAUGGGACUGUACUCUGUGUACAUGGUGGUCUUUCUCCUGACGUAAGAACAAUUGAUCAGAUUAGGGUAAUUGAUCGUAACUGUGAAAUCCCUCAUGAAGGUCCAUUCUGUGAUCUCAUGUGGAGUGAUCCUGAAGAUAUUGAAACAUGGGCUGUCAGUCCACGUGGAGCAGGUUGGCUAUUUGGGUCCAGGGUCACAUCCGAGUUCAACCACAUAAAUAAUCUUGAUCUUGUUUGUCGAGCUCACCAACUCGUGCAAGAAGGUCUAAAGUAUAUGUUUCAAGAUAAAGGCCUAGUAACUGUAUGGUCCGCCCCGAAUUAUUGUUACCGAUGUGGGAAUGUAGCUUCUAUAUUGAGCUUCAAUGAGAAUAUGGAGAGAGAAGUGAAGUUCUUCACUGAAACUGAAGAAAACAAUCAGAUGAGAGGGCCCAGGACUGGAGUUCCAUAUUUCUUGUAAUCAAAUGGAGUUAUACUCGUAAAAUUACCCCAAAGUUUCGGUUCCUCGAAAGAGGCGGAACAAGAAAAGCAUCGAUACGUUGUUUCCAUGUCCUGGUAAAUUUCUGGUCCAAUCUUGGCUGCAAUAAGCCUUUAAAUCUUCGUCUUUAAUUUCAUGUUCAUUCCCAUACCAUUGGUAUUAACGUAUGCUACUUGAUGUUUAGUUAAUGACUUGAUGACUGGUUUUGAA